CCAAGAUGGACGACUCCGACAAGCGGCGGCGACCGCACCCCUACGGCUUCCCCUUCCCACCUUACCACGUGCAGGAGGCUCUCAUGGCCGACAUCUACAAGUGCCUCGAUGACGGCGGCGUCGGCAUGUUUGAGUCUCCGACCGGCACCGGCAAGUCGCUCUCUUUGAUCUGCUCGACGCUGCAGUGGCUGCUCGACCAGGAGGCCAAGGACGCGGCGGGAGAGGCGGGAGCGGGUGCGAGCCCCGCUCCAACGAGCAGCACCGGCGGCGAUCCGUCUUGGGUCGACGAGCAGGUCGCGGCGACGGCGCAGCAGGAGCGCGCACACCUUCACUCGGAGCUCGUCGAGCGGCGGCGGCUGCGCAAGGCGCGGGUCGCCGCGUACGCCGCGGCCAGCUCGGGGGCGGCGGCGAGCCGACCCGGGCGGAAGCGGCUGCCCGGCGAGCCCUCGGGCAACAGCGGCGCUGGUCCGUCCGACCCGGACGGCGGCGAAAGCGAGUUUGUCGUCGACUGGAGCGGCGGCAAGGGCGGCGACGCAGAGACGAUUGACCCGUCGCUCCUCGCCGACGGGACGGAGGAGGAGGACGAGUGCCGCGCGCGCUGCCGGCAGGUGCUGUACUCGUCGCGCACGCACUCACAGCUCGCGCAGGUCAUUGGCGAGGUGAAGAAGACGAGCCUGGCGGGGAAAGUCAGCGUGGUGACGAUCGGCGCGCGCAAGACGCUCUGCAUCAACGAGUCGCUGGGCGGCUUGGACGGGGCGCGACUCAACGAUGCGUGCCGCCAGCUGCGCGAGAAGGACAAGGAACAGCGCGGCGUCGAGCAGCGCGAGCGCUCCAAGGCGGCGGCGGAGAGCGCGAGGCGGCGGCGCGAGGGCAUCCUAACCGAGGAGGCGGGCGCGGAGGCGGGGCGGGGAGGCUGCCCGCACCUGCGCGGUGGUGCGGCGCGACAGACGCGGCUGGUCGACCAGAUCCUGAGCUCCCCGCUCGAGAUUGAGGAGUGUGCCAGCCUCGGGCGGGCCGAGAACAGCUGCCCCUACUACGCGGCACGCGCGGCGCUCGACGAGGCGCAGCUCGUGUGUCUGCCGUACCCGUCGCUGCUCAACUCGGCGACGAGGCAGGCGCUCGGCGUCCGGCUCGGCGGCUCGGUGGUCCUGAUCGACGAGGCGCACAACCUCAUCGACACCAUCAACGAGAUGCACUCGGUCACGCUCUCUGCUCGCCACCUCUCCGAGUGCUCCGCCCAGCUGGCGCAGUACGAGGAGCGCUACUCCGGCCGCCUCAAGCCGUCCAACCGGACGAUGGUGCGCAGGCUCCUCUUCGUGGUCCGCGCGCUGCGAAAGGCGCUCACGCCGCCGCGCACUGCGAACGGCGCCGCCGCCGCCGCCGCGGCAGUGGAGCGGAUGAUCCACGUCAAUGCCCUGCUGAGCGUGUACGACCUCGACAACAUCAACCUUCUGGAGCUCAAGCACUUUUGUGAGAAGUCGUUGAUUGCAAACAAGCUGCAGGGCUUCGCCGAGAAGAGCCAGCGCGCGGCGGGCCCGGCGGGGCUCGCCGCGGGCGCGGGCGCGCAUGCGCGUGACGCGCCGCGUGUCACUCUGCACCCCGUCAUCGCUCUGCUCGAGGGCCUCGCCCACUCCGACAAGGACGCGAGGGUGCUGCUGCACGUCGAGCCGCUGCAGCCCCUCCGCCCGCCCGCCGCCUCCCGCCCCGACUCGUGGCUGCGCGUGCUCCACCUCAAUCCCGCAACCUACUUCGCAUCUCCUUGCCGGCGCCCUCCUCAGGCGCACGCCGUCGUGCUGUGCGGCGGGACGAUGCAGCCGUUCGAGGACCUGCGCCAGCAGCUCUUCACCAACCUGCCCCCCGGCCGGCUCCGCACCGCCGCCUACGGCCACAUUGUGCCGCCCGAGCGGGUGGCGCCAGUCAUCUUCUCUCGCGGCCCGCGCGGAUCGCCGUUGUCGUUCUCGUUUGGCAGCCGCGGCGCACCCGCGCUGAUGGACGAGCUCGGGGAGCUGCUGCUCGCGCUCGCUGCCACCGUGCCCGACGGGCUCGUCGUCUUCGUGCCCUCAUUCCAGUACGAGGCGCAGCUCGUCGCGCGCUGGGAGGCGACGGGCCUCUGGGCGAAGCUCGACGCGCUCAAGCGCACCUUCCGCGAGCCCCGUGCGACGGCCGACCUCGACAAGGUGUUGAGCGAGUACGCCGCCACCGUCGCGCAGCGCGGCGGCGGCGGCGGCGGCGGCGGCGGCGGCGGCGGCGGCGGCGGCGGCGCGCUGCUCCUGUCGGUGGUGGGCGGCAAGAUGUCCGAGGGGAUCAACUUCUCGGACCGGCUCGGCCGCUGCGUCGUGAUGGUCGGCUUGCCGAACGCGAACCCGUACGAGCUCACGCUGCAGGAGAAGAUGGGUCACCUCGACGCCGUGCAGGGAGUGGGCGCCGGCCGGGCCUACUACGCGAACCUGUGCAUGAAAGCGGUCAACCAGUCCAUCGGCCGCGCUAUUCGCCACCGGGCUGAUUUUGCCGCCAUCGUGCUUGCCGAUGCGAGAUUCGUCAAGCCGACCGUCCGCUCCAAGCUGCCCGCGUGGAUCGAGCGACGUGUCGAGGCGCCGGACUCGUUCGAGGGGUCGAUGGCGGCGGUGCGCGGAUUCUUUGCGCGCUUUCCCGACCCGUGAAGGCAAGGCGUCGAGAGCGGCCGUGUGCGCCGCCCAGACUCGACGCAAGCGGCAUGCUGAAUAAACUACGUACUGUGUUAAUUGUGUAGACUGUAGUUUUGUACCCCCGCUGUCCAGCCGCUGUCCACACAUGUACAUGUACAUAUGCUGUAUGUUUCUCUACUGUGUUUCUCGACUGAGUUUUUCGACUCUGGUAUGUUGAAUUUUCUCGUGGCU